AUGCAGAAUUCUACUUUUCUUUGUCUUAUUUUCAUAUUUGUACUUAUUACAAAAGCACAAAGCUUUCGUUUUGACAAGGUAUUAUCAUUGUCUCCUAUGACAAUUGAAGAAAAUCGCAAUAAUAUCAUUCAAGAUCAAAUAAAUACACCAUUGUCAAAAAGACUUAACAAGUAUAAAUUUUCAAAUUCCUAUAUUUAUGGUAUUGAUAAUAAUCAAGUAAAACAACCAUAUCUUCGUUUAUCUGAACCGUCAGAUAACAUUGAUUCAUCAAGUACUGCUUUAACAUCUGAUAAAAUUUAUGUACCUACAUUUUAUAAUAAUAAAAAUAAUGGAUAUAUGAAAAAGUCAUUGAAGAAAUUUCAUAGUAGUCAAUCUAGAAACUGUUUUUUCUCUCCAAUCAACUGUAUGAUCCAACAUGAUGUUAACAAAUUCCGUAAAAUGAUCGAUCUCUCACCGUAA